AUGGCUCCUCUCAGCCCACACCACCCCAACUGCGAAGCCAGCACCAAUGGCUCCUCCCAGCCCCCACCACCUCAACUGCGAUGCCAACACCAAUGGCUCCUCCCAGCCCCCACCACCCCAACAACAACAUCAACACCAAUGGCUCCUCCCAGUCUCCACCACCCCAACUGCGACGCCAACACCAAUGGCUCCUUCCAGCCCCCACCACCCCAACUGCGAUGCCAACACCAAUGGCUCCUCCCAGCCCCCACCACCCCAACUGCGACGCCAACACCAAUGGCUCCUCCCAGCCCCCACCACCCCAACAACAACAUCAACACCAAUGGCUCCUCCCAGUCUCCACCACCCCAACUGCGACGCCAGCACCAAUGGCUCCUUCCAGCCCCCACCACCCCAACUGCGACGCCAACACCAAUGGCUCCUCCCAGCCCCCACCACCCCAACUGCGACGCCAACACCAAUGGCUCCUCCCAGCCCCCACCACCCCAACUGCGAUGCCAACACCAAUGGCUCCUCCCAGCCCCCACCACCCCAACUGCGACACCAACACCAAUGGCUCCUCUCAGGCCCCCACCACCCCAACUGCAACACCACUGA